AUGGAAGUCUUUCGAAAUAGGCUCAUUAGUGAAUACACUCGUGAUGAGCUAGAGGAACUAUUUCUUGUUCGCUGCGAUCAACUCGAUCAAAAAGCGAGUGAAAUAGCAAAAUUAGAGCAAAAAGCUUCAGAUAUUUCUGGAAAACUCACAAGAAUCAAACAAGAUAUCAAUGACACAACAAAACAAAGAGUAAAAUUUGAUGGCAAAUUAGCGCCUACAGCUUAUAGAGUUUCACAAGUUGCUGUUAAAGAAUUAAAAGAUCAAAUCGCAGAAUUAGAAAUAGAACUUGGCAAAAAGAAUCUUGAAAAAGAUGCUGUUGCCAGAGAAGUCGCAUAUUUCAAAUCUUUACUUAACUUCCCUGCAAAACUUCGCACAGAUAAAAGUUCUAAAUUUAAUCCAACUAAAACAAUCGAAGACCUUCUCGCAAUGUUGGCGGAUUUAAGUAGUAGAAAUACUGAUCCACUUGUUGUUAAUAGAUUACUCGCAGCAUCUUAUAUUUUACAAAAUAAUUUGAAAGCUGCUGAAGAACCAAUGAGAAAGAUUCUCGAACUUAUUGGAGAAUCUUCUCUUCCUGUAUUUGAAAGUAUUGAUAUGCGCAAAGAAAUUAAAGAACGUGAAGAUCAAAUUGAAAAACUUAGACAUGACUUAGCAGUUCUACAAGCUCAGCAAGACAAGCUUAGCCAAGAGCAUAAUGAUCGUCUUAAACAAUACCAACUCGAUGCCGAACGUAACCAAGAGAAAUACAGAGAAUUAAUGGAUUUGCAUCAUAAGAAAGAGAAAAUGGAAGCUGAUGCUGCUCGUUUAGCUGAACUGGAAAUUAUUGCUGAUGGUCUUAGGAAAGAAAUCGAGCUUCUUAAACAACAAAGAGACAAACUUAUUGAAGAUAAUGCAGAUCGUAAGAAUAAACUUCGAGAUGAACUCCAGAAACUCAUUGAUCAGAUGCAGAAGGAACUUGAAGACCUCAAAGCUCAUAUAGAUGCUUUGCGAAAGUCAAAUGCUGAAAUUGAAAACCAAAAGAAUUCAUUGCAGCAGACUUAUGAGAAUGCUUUAGAAAAGCGUGCAGAUACUAUCGAUGGAUUGAAUAAGUUACAAGAAGAAUACAGAGCUCUUCGUGCAAGAUUUGUUAAAUUAAUGUCGGGAACUAACGAAGAUCCAUUUGAAAACCAGAGAUUUAUUGAUUUCAUUAAUGGUAUGAUCGAACGCAAUUGGUCAUUUAACACAGUUCGUAAAUAUUUGGCUCAUAUCGAAUCUAUUGAUGGAAAACUCGAACAACUUGACGCCAAAAUUGCUAAAUACCAGCCAAUUAAAGAACAACUUACUAAGCAGAUUGCUGAUAAGACACGCCUUGUCAAGGAACUUGAAGCUGAACUUGAUGCAAGACACAUCUCACACGCAGGAGCUGUUGCUGAAGCCCAAAGAACAGAAUUUAAGUAUCAGAAUGGUGCAAGUCAUAUUAAUAUCACUGCAGCCAAACAAUUCGAGCUUGAAGAAAAUCAAACCGCAAUUAUUUUGUCAUUCCUCGAAUUUACACUUGACAAAUCAUUCUUAGGAUCUCAGAAUUGCAAGCUCUUCUUAACAGUCGACUUUUACGACUGUAAACAAGAGCAAACAAAUUUCAUCGACAAAUUCGAUACAACAUUUAACACAGAUUUACUUUUCAAGGUUAAGAAUGAUUUCAUUCUUCGUGACUAUCUUAAAGACACAAAGAUUCCUGUUAAACUUUGGAAAGCAACAGGAAUGAAGUUUACUGAGGUUGCAAACACAACAAUUGCUAUGUUCCCAUUUUUGGAUGGUGUUCCAAGCUUUUCUGCAUCAUCUGUUCUCAUGGAUAAAAAUGAGAAACCUGUUGGUAACAUCAAUUAUGAAGCUCAGAUUUAUAUUCCUUUGCUUCAAUAG